AUGAAAGUUUACCAAAAGAAACGGAUCGACUGUAGAUAUGGAGCCGUAUGGACACGUUUAAUAGCCCCAUGACGACGCCUUAUCUCCUGACUUGGCUGUUACAGUGACAUUUGAUUUCCCCAAAAACGUACAGACAAAAGUCAGAGAAACUCAACUCCACAUAAACAUCACAUACAAACAAACAAAGCAAACCCCACUGUGACAAAGAAAAACUAGAGAGCCUUUAGAGUUAACGAACCAACACCAAGACUUUAUUUCCGUUUUUCUCAUCUGCUGCUGGUUUACAAGCCGUUAACAAUGCCGUCUGGUGCGAAGAAGAGAAAGGCCUUGAAGAAGAAGGAGCUGGAAGCUUUUGGAGCCAGUCCAAGCAAUAAAGGUGUCAAUGGUCAUGGACAUGAUGAGCAUGGAAGCCAAGAUGAGGGAGAAAGUGAUGGCAAUUUGAGUUCCCCUGGUUCUCAAGGAAAUGGAGAAUUUUGGACAAGAGGUCCAUCACCUUCUCCCUUAUCUGGUCUGGGGAAGGACACUGUUAAACAUAAAACAGAAGAUGCAGGCCAAGAGGAGAAUGGUGUGGAGGACAAACCACCCAAACCCUUUUCAGAGAAUGUUACUCACAAUACCAGUAAAGUCCCUUGUAAAGAGUCUGCUGGUACUUUGGAAACUGGACCUGCUGAUGAUUUUGUCUCAAAGGUUGUGAUCCCUGACAAAAACAAGCAAGUUGAAAUCUCGGAUUCUGUUCAGCAUAACUCUGAUGAAAGUGAAGAGAAGCAUAAACCAGAGGAAGCAAAGGAGGGUAGCAUUCCAGGAUCUGCUGCAGAAACAAGCAGAGAUUUAAAGAUUGUGAGAGAAUGUUCUGAAGAGAAGAGUCUUUUGCCUUCUGGUCCACCAGUUGGUCGAACCUCGUGGCUGAGUUGCUGCGGUUUGUUUGAUGUGAUGGCAGGCUCUGGAAGAUAAUUACAGUGAGUCCAUGAGUUCUCCCCAAUAUUCUUGACUCAUAGUGUGGUAAUGAAGAACAUGAGUAAAAUAUUCAACAAAGAGUAGACAUCAGAAGCUCAAAGGACAGCCUUUUGCUAGAUAAUUAUUUUAACAAGAAAUAUCAUCUGUUUAUGUCAAGGAAUUUUCGUUUCAUGAGAUCUGAACAUAGUUCUAUUUUUUUUAUGUAAUACGUAUUGUUUUUCGAUGCAAUUUCUUUUUAAUUAGUUUCAUGUAUAUAUAAAAAGAAAACGAUAAACCGCCCCCGACGAG